CUCAUUGUUCAACAAUUGUAUCUGUGGGAUUCAGAAAAUUUCCAGAAGCAAACUAACUAUAAAGCAAUUCGAAAUAACAGUGUAGUCAAUGCCAGAGAUAAUUUGCGUUAGACAGGGACAACCAUAAUGUCACUUGUGUUGGCCAGGCGGUGGAAUAACUGAGGUAAUGGUGUUGGUGGUGGUGAUGAUGUUUCUGUUACUUAUAUGUACAUGCUAAUACUACAGCUGCUGAUUGUGAUUGUGCCAAGAAGAACGUGGUACGUGGAUUUAGUUAUUUUUCGCUUUUUGUUAAAGUAACGACGAAUUGCAACGGCGCGACGUAUUUUAAAUACAUUCCUAUUUCGUUGAAAAGAUUAAGCAACAUUUUUAUGGUGAUAUCGAAAUACAUACAUACUUAUAUCAUAAACGGUUAAAUGUGUUAAAGAAAGUUGGAAUACCUUGCCUGAUUUUGGAUUAGGAAGGUGUAAAUUUAUUUAUAUUUUAAUUGUACGACAAUUUUUCAUUAAAAUCAACGUCAACCUAAAGAAGCGUAGACGUACAAAAAAAAAAUAUUGCCGAACCUUUUUCGAUUUCUUUGCCGCGAUCCGCAGUUAACCACCUAAAUCGUCUAUGUUUUUUUAGCACAAAAUACAAAAUUUUGCAAAAAUUCAACAAUUUACAACGACGCAGCGUACGAUUUUUAAUAGAGUAGAAAGCAAAAGCAAGCAUAAAGUAAAACAGGGGAAAACGAUAAAAGCGAACAAGUUUCAAACCGAAUCGCAUAUGUACGUAUUUAUAUGUAUGUCCCUCAAUGCCAAUCGGAUCGAAAAAGUCGCGUCGCACGGAGUUCAAGUGGUGAGGUGUGGGGAGUCUAGUGGUGCGAAUUGAUGCAGUUUAACAGUGACGGGGUGUGGUGCAACAACAACAACAGCAACAGCAAGUGGCACAUAGUAACAACAAAUAGAAAAAGUUUAUACAUUUUUGCAAAGGUUUUCAUGUACACUUCGGCCAGUAGGAUUCCAAAAUCACAUAGCAAAUAUUGAACUGGAAAAAAAAUAAUAGAAAAUCAACGCUUGCUGCAUAUUUUACACAAAAACCAAAGAAAAGUAUGUAAAGCAUAAAUCACUUGAAAAUACAUACAUACAUACUCGUACAUACAAAAGCAUAAAAUUAAUAUCGUUCGGACGCAUUUUAUCACUUCCGCUACUUUCAACCACCCUACCUCCCUCCCUCCCUCUGGCUUUUCAGCUUUGUACUCGUCGUAGUUACUUAUCGACUAACUGCUCGCUUGCGCGCGCCCCACAUUGCAAGUAUCUGCUGAUAACCAACCGACUUUUGACAGCUGUUAAAUACGCAGUGGCCAAACUGACAGCGACGAUAGUUGCACAUGUGACAAGUAACGAUUGUUAAAAAGCGUAGUGUACGUAUUUGUAGUAGUGUAGUGUGCCUCUCCCUGCAAAGUUAAAAUAAAAAAAUAAAAAAGAAUUAAAAAAAAAAUUAUAUGAGCCCAUGCUGCUCGCUUAAAUCAACAUCAAUUUAUUUGAUUAAACCUUUCUCAUUUCCCCAAAAUAGAACUAACAAAAAACAAAAAAACGAAUAAGUAACAAUGAAAGUUAAACUCGAUGCCGCGAAAGCCAAAAUUCCCCCCAUACUCACUUCGGCAAUGACCAGUCAAGAGGAUGUCAACGAUGUGUCCGCCGACGAUAGAGCUUUAGCAUUGAAGUUAGAGCGGCGCGCCGAAAAAAAAACAACAGAAACGCGACACUUCCAUGUGGUGGCAGAAGAUACAGAGGACGGGACGGACGAACUUGUAGAGGAGAUUGCAGCUGAAGCUGAGCACAUGCAAGAAGGGGAUUUUGAUGAAAAUUCGUCGAGUCACAAUUCAUUUGAUAUUUUACCAGCAUUAUCAGCAUUGACAUCGACUACACCGACAACAACAAAUGCUACACGGAAUAAUCUUAUCGUAAGUGCGUAAUACAUACCAGCAAUCACUCAAUACAACUAUCACC